AUGCUUUUGCGGCCCAGGUUUCAGCCAUUGCGGCUUGGAUUGAGAUAUUAUACUCCGGUACGUUCCCGAGUACCCACACCGCCACGCCCACAACUGCGUAAGCGAGUAAAUCAGGCGGAUGUCGACAAUCAGCCGGUAAUCAGCGGCGCGAGCGCUGCUCGGCAGUUGGGCACGCCAGUGUCUCCGGUGCCCACCACCCCCAUUCCGCAGGCGCUGGCAAACCUGUUGUCCGAGCCGACUCUGGUGAUCGAGCGUCAGCUCGAAAUGAUGAAUGUUUUCCUGGGAUACGAGCAGGCAAACCGAUAUACGAUCUACAACCCAUCGGGGCAAGUGUUGGGAUACAUGGAGGAGGACGAUCUGAGCUUUUUCAAAAUGAUUAGCCGGCAGUUCUAUAGAUUACACCGGCCCUUUACGGUCAAUGUCUACGAUGCCAGCGGCCAGCACGCCAUGACGAUUCGUCGGCCGUUUUCGUUCAUCAAUUCGCACAUCCGCUGCCUACUUCCGGGCUACGAUGGCAACUCUACCGAGGGGCUGAUUGGCGAGAGCCGUCAAGAAUGGCAUUUAUGGAGACGCCGCUACAACCUGUACUUGUUCAAUCGCCAGCAGGCGGAAAUGGAGCAGUUCGGUAGGGUCGACGCCCCGUUUUUGUCGUUUGCCUUCCCAAUUCAGAGCCAGGAUGGAGGCAUUGUUGGUGCUGUUGACAGGAACUGGGUGGGGCUGGCAAGAGAGAUGUUUACAGACACUGGCGUUUAUGUUUUGAGAACAGACGCCGCCUCGUUGAACGAAGUUGGCUACCCAGGUUCGUCCAGCCCGCUCUCCCUGGAGCAAAGGGCUGUUUCGCUGGCGACCGCAGUGAGCAUUGAUUUUGACUACUUCUCGAGACACUCCAACAGGUCUAACGUUGCAUAUUACGAGUAA